GAUCUCUCCAGGUCGUCGCCCAGGCAAUCAAAAAUGGCGGGAACCACCGACGAUCGGCCGGCGAUCUUGGUCACGAACGACGACGGCAUCGACGCCCCCGGCCUGCAAGCUCUAGUCCGCGUGCUCGUCUCCAUCAACCGCUACUCUGUCCUCGUCUGCGCUCCUGAUUCGGAAAAGUCAGCUGUGAGUCACAGCAUCACAUGGCGCCAUCCGAUUGCCGUGAAGCGAGUAGAUAUCAGUGGGGCAACAGCCUAUGCAGUCGCUGGAACUCCAGCAGACUGUACCUCUCUGGGUAUUUCCAAAGCAAUCUUUCCUUCAAUACCUGAUCUGGUCCUCAGUGGCAUUAACAAGGGCAGUAACUGUGGAUAUCACACAGUUUACUCUGGGACUGUAGCUGGUGCACGUGAGGCUUUCUUUUAUGGUGUACCUUCAGUCUCAAUAUCGUAUGAUUGGGUUGGAGGUAAAAGCAAAGAUCAAGAUUUCACACUUGCAGCUGAGGCUUGCUUACCCAUAAUAAGUGGAAUAGUUGCUGAGAUUAGGAACAACCAAUAUCCUACUGGAUGCUUCUUAAAUGUAGAUCUGCACAAUAUGGCACAUCACAAGGGUUAUAAGCUGACAAAGCAAGGUAGAAGUAUAUUUUUGAUGGGCUGGAGGAAAGUGUCCUCUGAGAUGGAAGGAGGAAACAUUCAGUCAGACAUGACAAUGGACAGAGAUGUUAAUGUAACAUUGGAAAACAAUGCAUCAGGCAUGCAGCAGGAGCAUGUUCUAUUCAAGAGAGAGAUAUUGAAAAGCGUAAUUGAUGAUGAGGACACUGACCGCCGAUCUCUUCAGGAAGGAUAUAUUACUAUCACUCCUCUGGGUGCACAUUCCCCUGCAGCAGUAGAACUUCAGGCUUUCUUCAAAGACUGGCUGUUGAAUGUUACUGAAAAUUCCUGCUCAUCAGCCCUGUAAUGAUCGGGUCAUGAUACUAUAACCAGAACUGGCUCCUUUCUCUGUGCGGUGAAUAAUGGAGGAAGUUGAUAAGUGGAAUUUUAAUCUCAAGAAUUGUGGAGUUUCUUCUAUUGUGCCUGAUUUAGCAGCUACUGCAAUUGUAUCAGGCGAUAUCUAAAAUAAUGAAAGCCGCUAUUCUGUUUCUCUUCUUUCACGAUUCAUUGAGAAAAUUGCUUAUGCUACCUCUUGUAUGGCAAUCUUCUAGGCCGGUUCUGAAAUCUAUUAUAAGCAUCAAUAGUUUCUCUAUGAUGUUUACGAUGACCGCUACUCCUAUAUUGAGGGAAUGUAAUUUCUUGUCUGUGAUAUUCUGAAGUUAUUGCACCACA